AUGCCGACGGUGGAACUCCAGAUGGACUGCUACGGCUGUGAGAACAAUAUCUCCAAGGCCCUCAAGAAAGUAGCUGGGGUGAAGGACGUCUGGUGGUCGAGCUCGGAGCAGAAGGUGUGGGUCCUGGGCACGGCGAGCGCGCAGGAGCUCAAGACGCGGCUCGAGACAAAGCUGAGGAGGUCCGUCAGCAUCCUCUCCCACCGCGUGAUCGAUCCGCCGGCAUCGUCGCGCACGGCGCCCUCGCCUACUCCACCUACUCGGCCGCCACCGUCGCGGAGGGCGCCCUCGCCUCCUCCACCUACUCGGCCGGCACCGUCGCGCAGGGCGCCCUCGCCUCCUCCACCUACUCCGGCAACGCCGACGCCUCCUCCUCGCUACAGGCCGCCGACGUCUCCUCCGAACUACCCGCCGCCACCCCCACCUCAGAGACAGAGCGGCUACGGCUACUACGACCAGUAUGGCGGCGACGGCUACUACGACCAGUACGGCGGCAGCGGCAGCGGUAGCAACUACGACCAGUACGGCGGCAGCGCCAACAGCACCGCCAACCUCUACGACAACUACAUCAACUACGUCGGCCACCCCCGGGGGCCUCACUACAUGAUCAACGACGCGCCGGACACCUUCAGCGACGAGAACCCCAACGCGUGCUCCAUCCAGUGA